AAACAAAGUAAGUCUUAGUAUCUAGAGCACAUUCUGUCAUAAGCUCCUUAACAGAAAACAAAAAUAUGAGAGUUAUAACACUUUUAGUUCUGAGCUGUUUUGGUCUCGAAAAGGCUGAUACUGGAAAGGUGCUGAUUCAACCUUUUCCACUGUUUAAAUUAUCAAGAAUCAGAGCUAUGGAGCAGAUAGCAUUACUCUUUUCAAAUGCUGGCCAUGAUGUAACAUACUUCAUCCACACGGAAUACACUGCCUCAGAAAUACUUCAAGCAGCGAAUGUUACCAUUAUAACAUACCAGUACCCCAGUAAGGACCUAGCAUACAAUCUGGGAGAGGAUAAAAUAACAGAUUUCAGGAAAAUGACAAUUCUAGAAGAAAUGGCAUAUAUGUUUAAAAAAGGACUAAUCCACGACAUAUAUGUUAACUAUUCAAUUUCUGCCUAUUUCUCAGAUAUGAACCAGUGGAGGGGACUCAAAGCUCAGAACUUUGAUUUAAUAAUAUUUGACAGUCAAGAUGUUGCUUUAGGAAGGCUCAUGAAGGAAUAUCUAGACAGACCUGCCAUACUAUGGUCAAAUGCCGGCUUUGAAAUGAAUAUCGAUAACUGGCUGGUGCCAUUCCCUGUAUCAUAUAUACCUAUCAUGUUUGUGUCAUAUAGUGACCAAAUGACUUUUAAAGAACGAGCAAUGAAUGCAUUUUACUAUGUGGCAUUACAGUACUACAUGAAAGACUGGUGUGAUACGACAAAUGAUGCUUUGGCAAAGGUUGCUGAUAAAGUUGGACUCCCACAUGAAAUUAGACCUGUUCUCAAUGAUGCAGACCUCAUAUUUAUCCAGUCUAAUUUUCCAUACUUCUACCCUCGUCCAAUCAUGCCAAAUGUUGUCCCUGUAUUAGGGUUACUAGAUCGUGACCAUAAGCCAGUUGAUGCAAAGUUUCUCAACUUCAUAGAUGGCGCUAAAGAUGGUUUUAUCAUCUUCACACUGGGUUCAAUGGCAACAGGUUUCGAUGCGCAAACUCGGGAGAUUUUUGCUACUGCGUUUGCGAUGUUGAAACAACGAGUUUUAUGGAGGUAUAUUGGCUCUGCUCCUCUAUCACUAGGCAACAAUACAAUGUUGUCACCAUGGUUACCACAAAACGAUCUUCUUGGGCACCCAAAAUUGAAAUUAUUCAUUACCCAUUGUGGAUCAGGAAGCUCGGGAGAAGCUGUUUACAAUGCCGCACCUGUUAUUGGUCUUCCUUUAUUUUUAGACCAGCGCCACCACUGUGCUCUCUUGACAAAACGUCAUAAAAUGGGUUUAACAUUAUCAUUUGCUGAUAUCACAUUGGACACAUUUUCAGCUGCGAUUGUUGAGGUCCUUGGAAACCCUCAAUACAAGAAAAAUGCUGUGAAAGCACAGAAACUGGUCCGGGAUCAACCCAUCAAUGCUACAUACACAAUUCAGUACUGGUGUGAAUACAUUAUGAAGCACAAAGGUGCACACCACUUGAAAUCUACUGCCAUGUUUGAACUGAACUUCUUUCAGUACUUCUUGUUGGACAUACUACUGCUAGUAUUAAUCACUGUGGUGAUUUCCUUGGCUGUACUAUAUUGCUUUUUUAAACAGUUGGUAUUGUGCCUUUGCAACUAUAAGUCUCAGAAACUUAAGACGUCAUAAGACAUAUAUAUUCUAAGCAAAAAACUCUUUGCAGUCAUGCCACAAGGAUGAGAUAUAUCUAGCCAAAAUGACGCAACAUCCGAGGAGGAGCAGACAUUGAAUACAUCUUAUGACGCAAUUAUGUAAUCCAAAAUUUCAAAUGGCAAGAGUUAAAACUUAUUCAUUGGCUUUUGAUUUGGCUUUUAAAUAAUAGAAGCUGUACAGGCGUUUCAAACUAAAAUGAAUAUUCAAAAUGAAAAUCAAUAAAAAAAAUUGUGAGGAAUGCAUCUUGUAAAUAGAAUAUGAAAAAUGUUGGUAUACUCUAAAAUGUGUGAGAAUAUUUGAAGAAACACUGAUAAGCAGUUUUCCUGGAAUAAUAAUGACAUGACAUGAUUUACCAAAAACUAACUAAAACAAGAAACUUGUGAAAUAAAUAUAGUUCUUUCUCACCUGUAUGGGGAACAUGUUGGCCUCUUUUACCAGGAAUUUCAAAACUUUGAAUCCUUUACUGAGAUGGGCAGCUUGGUAAACAGCACCUUUAAACAUAAAAGACUAAUUAUAUAGAGAUAGACUAACUCUAUAGAGGUUGAUAUAUCAUAGUAUUCCAUUAAACCAAGCUGAUCUAGGUACUUAUAAUCUAAUAAACUAAUAAUCAAAAACAGAUUUCAUUGGAAGUGAAUACAUGGCAGGCCUGUAGCCAGGGGGGG